AUGCUUCUGGCGAGCAACAGGGAAACCGACACGGUAGAUCGGGACACAGCCCUACGCAUUCACCUUCAUACACACCAAAGACAUCANGCUGCCGAAGACUCAGUCUAUGUUUUGACUCUUCUAACAGACGCCAAACACCACCGCAUCUUGACCGAGACACGAAAAAAGUACUUUCCUCCUCGAUUGAACAGACUCGAUGCACACAUCACUCUCUUCCACGCACUACCUGGAAGUCUACUCCAGGAAUCGAUCAAGCCAACAUUGAGAGAAUUCUCGAGCAAAACCAGCCAGUUCCAUCUUCUUGCUGCGACACCCUUCCGAUUGAACAAAGGCAUUGCUAUCGGCUUACCCAAAUCUUCAGGUGGCGAUGAUGCGAGACAAGUUCAUCAGCAAUUGAAGGCGGCAUGGUCGGAUUUCCUCAGUCACCAAGAUGCUGGAGGAUUUGCUGCUCAUUACACCAUCAUGAACAAGGUCGAUGACGAAAAGGAAGUGCAAAAGGCAUUUGAGCAGGUGCAGCAUGAAUGGAAAGGAUGCCACGGCACAGUCCUCGGCCUAUCUCUAUUCAAGUACGAUCGAGGAAACUGGGUUCACGACGAGGACUUUAAGUUUACACCAAGUCAAUGA